GAGUAACAUCCAGUGGAAAGAGCGACUCCAGAGGCGUGGAUCCCCAGCGCUGUUGUCUCACCAAGGAUAAAUAGCCUCUUUGCCCUCAACUCUGCUGCACCCCACUGUACAGAGAAAUGCAGUGUUAGCCUUGCAUCUGGAGGCGCACGAAAAAGAUGUGCCGCCCGGUGAUUUCUAAUAAUAGCCAAUCUAAUUUUUGCUCCACCGCCGCCUUAUUGCAUUAUGGAUGCCUCUGGAAUGGUGUCCCUUCAAGAUAGCGUGGGAAUAUUUCAGUAGAUGUGCGUCUCAGGGCUAAAUGCUCCAAGAUCGGCCGCCUGCAAAACCCCAGAGCAUCUCGUUUACCGUGGGCUAUCACCGUGUCAUGCCUGCAGUGUGAGUCUGUGCAAGGCGGCUGUGCAGGGGGAUGCGUUUCCUUCAUCCAUUGCUGAGGACUUUGUUUUCUGCAUGCUGGAUCUAAGCAGACUGGUGCGCCAUGCGGGAGUAUAAGGUGGUGGUGCUCGGCAGCGGCGGGGUGGGGAAGUCCGCCCUGACCGUGCAGUUCGUCACCGGGACAUUCAUAGAGAAGUACGACCCGACCAUUGAAGAUUUCUACCGCAAGGAGAUCGAAGUGGACUCCUCUCCGUCCGUGCUGGAGAUCCUGGACACCGCCGGCACGGAGCAGUUCGCCUCGAUGAGGGACCUCUACAUCAGGAACGGCCAAGGCUUCAUCCUGGUCUACAGCCUGGUCAACCAGCAAAGUUUUCAGGACAUCAAACCCAUGAGAGACCAGAUCAUCAGGGUCAAAAGGUACCAGCAGGUGCCGGUGGUGCUGGUGGGGAACAAGGUGGACCUGGAGGGCGAGCGGGAGGUGUCCCCCAGCGAGGGCCAGGCGCUGGCCGAGGACUGGGGCUGCCCCUUCAUGGAGACGUCGGCCAAGAGCAAGACCAUGGUGGACGAGCUGUUCACCGAGAUCGUCCGGCAGAUGGACUUCUGCCCUCUGCCGGACCGGAGCGACACCUGCUGCUCCGCCUGCAGCCUGCAGUAGCAGACGGGCUCGCCGCCAUGUGGACGGGACGGACGGACGGCGGGACGAGACGGCGGAUCUUUAGGGGUUAGAAACCACGAUGCAAGCGAUGAAUCUAGAUAGGAUUUUAAAGGACGAAAUUCACCAUAAAACACUUAAACCACUUUUAUCUGGACCCAUUCUGUUGUUCGGCGGUGUCGUCUUCUGGAAAAUGUCAAAGCGUCAGCGUCAGGGGUCGAAGUUUGGUGUCGGGCCCUCACAAUCAAAGAGCAAGGGCUUCUUUCUAGAGCCGCCGUUUUGCACGGACGUUCAAAGAUCACACAGAGGAGGAAGAGCUGGCAACACUCGCCCUCUCUCUCUCUCUCUCUCUCUCUCGCUGUUACUAUGCCACCACUGUCACUGUUGUCGGUGCUGCCAACUCUUGCCCAAGGAGCGUAGCUGUUUGCUGCUCGAAAAGUUUCUAGAAGUCGCCAGAUGAUGUCAUUUGCUAAUUUGCAUAUCAAUAUACUUGCUGCGGCUCCUGCUCUCAGCGCAGGGAGGGGCUCCACUGUGUACGGGGGAGCAUUAUGACGGUCACACCGCUUCGGAUUAGACAAUAGCGCGGGUUAAAAACAUCAGCCGUCCUGAUGAAUGACCAGCUGCUACGGGAGGCAGCACAUGGCCAGAAAAUGUAGCUACAUUUAUUUGUCACCGGGCGCUUUUGAGAAAUAAAGUUGCCAGAGAGGCUGAGAAAAAGUUCAAUCACCAAGUUGGCAAGAGUGGCUGUUGCUCUCUCUCUCUCUUUCUCUCUCUCCGCCGGAGUCAAAAGGCAUUCUGGGAAAAAGUAGCAGAAGCAGAAAUAGACAAGACAGGUUGAGGGAAAGUGGGUAAACACAAAGUAAAUUGCAGCACUUUAUCACAAAGCAACUCCUGGAAUGCGUUGGACGUCACAGAUUGAUGAUGUAUAAAAGUGUAUAUGAGAGUGGAUUUUACCUUUAAGGGGAAAACAGCAGUGCACCGCCCCACCUCCCACCACCAUCCUUCAUCCAUCCUUACAUUUUCUUGGAUUUCCCAAAGGCAACAUAGUGCCAAAACCGUCUUAAAUAAUAAAAAAAAGAAAAAAAGAAAAAAAAAA